AUGCAAAGGCGAUCAGAUCAAUCCAGAGGUGGAGGAAGAAGAGGAUCAAACUCAAGACCAAGUGGUCCACCCAAAAAUUCAAGAGGUGGUGGGUUUUCUGGCUCUGGGUCAGGUUCUCCCUCUCAAUCUCUGUGGGAUAGAGAUUCAAGACCUUCUCAACAAUCAUCCUCUUCAACCAGUUAUAGUUCAAUCAGAUCAGACAGAGGCUCAUCGUUACUUCCUCAAAGUGAGAUGUUCAAACCUGCUGGUGGUAGACGUGAUGGUGGAGGUGGUGGUGGAGGUCGUUCAAGUGGUAGACCUUCAGGUGGUAAUAGAGAUAAUGGUCCACCUCGUAGAUCAGGAGGUAGAGAUGAAGCUCCCCGUAGAUCAGCUGCUCCUCAACGUGAUUCCGGCCUGGCUCCAGGUAAUAGUGGUGGUUUAAAGGUUCAUCCUGAUAGAUUGAAGCAAGUACCUAUUGGUGGUGAUCGUGGUGGUGACAGACCACCAAGAGAUAACGAUAGAAGAGGACCUCCAAGAGAUAAUGACAGAAGAGGUGGUGGUGGCGAUAGAAGAGGAGGAGGACCUCCAAGAGGUGGAAGAGAUAAUGGAAGAGAUAGUAGAAUUGGAGAUAAGAGAAGAGCUGAUGAUGAUAGAAGAGGUGGUGAGAAAAGAUUCAGUGAUAGAAAUGGUAGACCAAGAGAAAGAGAUAGUGGAUUCAAAACUGACAGAAGACAUGAUGGUAAUCAAUCUAAAGUUGAUGCCUUCUUAACUGAUAUAGAUUCCAUUGAUAAAGCUGAUUCUGUUGAAGGAUUAAAGACCAGAUUAGAAAAAGUUGAAAGUUUCCCUGCUUUAGAAGAUAUUAAAGUAAUUGAUUCAGGUUGGGGUAUUAAAGCUAAAGGGUUUGAAAAUGUUAGUGCUCAAAAGGCUAAAUUAUCGGGUUUAUUCCCUCUCCCUGGUUAUCCACGUCCUGUUGAUUAUACUAAAUUAGAAGGGGUUGUGACUGAUAGAUUAGCUGAAUCGGAUAAUCUUUUACUUGAAACGUCUAAAAUUGAUGCUCUUGAUUCUAAGAAUGCUAAAAUAUUAGUAUUAACAAAUAUUGAUUUUGAAAAAAUUAAUUAUUUAAAACUUAUGGAUUAUUUUAAUACUAUUUUAAAAAGUAUUGAUCUUGAAAAUACCCCUGAAUUAAAAAUUGAAAAAAGAAGAUUUACUAAGGAUAAUAAUAAUUUAAUUAUUGAAUUCACAUAUCAUUUAGCUGCUACUAUAAUCUUAGCUUAUAGUGGAUUAGCACUUUCAUUCAAUAAAUUUAAAGAAGAUAGUGAACCAUAUAGAGAUGAAGAAUUAACUUUCACGAUAAAUUUUGAAAGACCAAAAGAAUAUAUUAUUCAAAAUUCUCCUGCUUAUGAAGCAUCUGUGGCAGAUCAAGAUAUUGAAGAAAUCGUUAAAGAUGGUCCAAGAAAAGUUACUCUUAAAGUAUCACCUAAUGCAACUGAAGCUUCUAUUAUUCAAGACUUAAAAAAUAUCGCUCCUAUUAAAGCUUUCCAAUUAUUAAGAGAGAAAGGUACCAAGGAAUCCAUUGGUAUCGCCUUUAUUGAAUUUUAUAUUGAUCCAACUGUUGAAAAAACCAAUGAAAUUAUCACUUCUGAAAUUCAAGAAUAUAUCAAUAAGGUUAAAGCGGUUGAAAUUAUUGAAGACGCAUUUUUCUCCUGUAUUAUUCCAAAUGAAACUAGUAUUCAAGAUUGUGUGGUUGAAAUGGAUACUUUAAAGAAAUUAGUAUCGAAUGAAUAUGUGAGAGCCACACCAAAACUGAGAGUUAUUCAAUUAUUAAAUCUUUUCAAUCCAAGAGAUUUAGCUGACGAUGCCAAAUUCCAAUUCUUCAAACAAGAUAUAUAUCAAGAAGUCAUUAGAUUCGGUGAUGUUAAAUCCAUGAAGAUUCCAAGACCUGCAUCUGAUUUCACUCCUGGUCUUAGUCAAUUCAGAGAACCUGGUUUCGGUAAAGUCUUUGUUGAAUUUGACGAUGAAACCAUUGCUUUACAAGCUAUCAUUCAAUUGGCUGGUAGAUCUUAUAAUGAUAGAAUUGUUCUUGCUGGUUAUUUCAGUUAUGAAGAUUAUCAAAAGGGUUUAUUAUAG